AAGAGCAAAAGAUAAUCCAUUGUUGGAAUUCUAAGUCACAUAAAGGUAACUCGAAUACUGUGAUGAGAUUAACAUACUGAGAGUUAAUUGGAAAAAUCGUAAAUUUGACGUCACAGUGGCCACUCGAUAAACCAAAAUUAAUAAGUAAACGUACCUGAAGACUCACUUCAUUUGAAGACAAAUAACAUCGGCACAGUAUAGGGAUCGGCUUUGAGAUGAUGAAUUUUAGAGUUUGCUGACCAAAGAGAGGAACAAAGAUACACAAAAGAAAGAAAACUCACAAAAAAAGUAUGCAGUUUUCAGGAACAAUUUAAUACCGAUACCGAGGUGAAAAGAUCCAGUUUAGGACGAAGAUUAUCUCUAUUCCUUUAGCGAAACUCGAAGCUCGUAAUAGAGAAAAUAUCAGUACUCUUGGUCAUGCCGGGGCUUCACUGUGCCAUUGUCGAUGAGCGGUUGCACCAAAUAAGGGCAUUCCUCGCCGUAGGGAUGCGUGUCAACAUAAAAGAUGAAGAAGGGCGAACCCCACUCAUGGUAGCUUGCUUUAUGAAGAACCUGAAACGGCGUGACAUUGUAUGCCAGCAAUUGCUUGAACACGGUGCAGAUGUCGAUGUUGUUGAUAAGUUCAGAAGGACCGUGCUAAUGUACGCAUGCGCCACCAGAAACGACUUCUUAUUGGACAGAUUACUAGAGUACACUGAUUCCGACCUAAAUCAAACGGACAAGGAUGGGAACACAUGUCUAAUGUAUGCAGCUAUUGAGGGUGAUGUAUACGUAUUGCAGAAAAUACUACAGCCUAUUACAGGUUAUGGGCUUUCCUUGGAUGUAGUGAAUAAGCGCGGGUUUACAGCGUAUCUUCUCGCGUUAAAAAACGGUAACGUAGAAUGCGCAAGGCUUCUUCAAGAGAACGGUGCAUCUGCGAGGAUAUUCGACAUGCAGAACUACUGGAACGGCGAGCAGUGGCUUGAGUCACAUUAUAGCAAACGAUUUUGUCGUGAAACUUUAGGAGCUACAGAAACAAGCUCCAAAAAGUCCUUGCUGCGACGGCCUAAAUCGAUGCCACCUCUUGUUGACCAACAAAAACGUGGGAGAUCAUCAAGCAAUUUUAUAAGAGGAGAUGCAGUGAAACAUAGACCGCAUACAGCAACAAUGAACUUCGAUGCUCUCUGCUUCAGAAAAGAUUCCAGCAACCGCCAUAUCCCACCUCCUUCAAAGAGAUUCUCAGAGCGGAGCUUGCUAAGUAGAAUUAGCAAAUCAACCAAAAGAGCUACUGGGAAGGAGAAUAUCGACGACAGCGCGUCCGAUUACCAAGAUGACGUCAUUGGGGACUACGACACAAUAGUAAGGCCGCAAACAGGCUACUCAUUUCGUACAGAGACGCUUUCGAUGGCUGGCAGAUCUGAGUAUUUCGAAAGGGUAUCAACAUCGGGGAAAAUUAGGCCACAAAGUCGUGGUCAGAAAGAACAACUAAUUAAAAUAUUUGAACAGUACAGUAUAAACCAAGUUCCAAUUCCACCAGCAAUUCCGAAAAUCGAUUCCAUCGUUGAAAGAAAAAAGGUUGGUAGAGAUCAAACGCGACGGAUGUCAGUGAGCUCUGAUAGGCCUAGGCAACGUCGGCUUAGCACAGUGCGAGCGAAAGUGAAGGACGUGAGAGCCGAAGUGAGGACAAUUACAGCGAUGAAGCCGUUGCAGCACGUUGUUGAAGAAUGAUUUGUCUCAUACUAAUUUUUUUAAAAUUAUCUUUAUUUUGCUGGUUGCUUCUUUCCAGCUGGUUGAAGUUGUGUAACAUACGAAUAACAUGUGUAAACGUGCCUAGGAUUUAAUGUAACUGUAAAAUACAAUUGUAAUUGUUAUCGUGUAUAG